UAUCAUUCUAACGCCGAAAAACAAGUAAACCGCGAUUUGAUUUUGUGUAUGAAGACAGUGCAUUACAUGUUUAAUGUUAUUAUUCUUUUACCGGUUUCAAGUUUUUAUAAAUAGUUAUUUCCUAAUUGUUAUGCUUUUGUUAAAUUAAUUUCCCAUUUUCUUAAUUACAAGUUUUUGUACUUUUCUUCUCAGUCGGUUUUUGACCACUUCUUCAAGACUGAUUAUAAUUUGUUAUACUUCUAAGUAUUACAAUGAGUUCAGGACUGGAAAGCUAUGUUAACCAUACUGUUUCUAUUAUAACGUCAGAUGGCAGAAACUUUGUGGGAACUCUUAAAGGCUUUGAUCAAACUAUAAAUAUAAUUUUAGAUGACAGCCAUGAGCGAGUAUACAGCCCAAAUCAAGGUGUUGAACAAAUUAUAUUGGGUUUACAUCUCAUUCGUGGUGACAAUGUUGCUAUAAUCGGUGAAGUAGAUGAAACAAUGGAUUCAUCAAUUGAUUUGAGUGCAAUCAGAGCAGAACCUAUUGGAUCAGUAGUAUUUUAAGACAUUUUAUAAUAUUAUAAAUGUUAAAUGCAUUGAUUUUAUUAUACUAAGUAAUGGUUACUAUUAAAGCUAUGAUAGUAAUAUAAAUAUAAGGGCAAAUAUUGUGUUUUUUAUUGAUUAAAAUAAUGUUUAUAUCAAAUAUUAUCUUCAUUAAUCACAUGUCUAAUGUAUAAAUUAAAAUAAAAAAUAAUGAAGAAUUAAAA